AUGCAGCUCCCCUGGUCACAGGAGGCGUUGCAGUGGAUGAGGCCCGCCUGGGGUCCCAGCCCUGCUUGGGAACUGUGGCUGUGCUGUGCUCUGGGAUGUUUGGUCAUCACCGGCUUCUCCUACACCUUCCCCAAGGUGGUCAGCGUAGUUCGGCGCUGGCGACAGCAACACAACCUGGAUCUCCUCCACUCUGCUGGCCAUAUUCUAGGGGGCAGCGCGUGUGUGAACUGCUUCAGCUGCUGGACCAUCAUGCUGCUGGGUGGGCUCCUGGCAUCCCUGGGCACGGGCAGAAGUGCCCUGCAGCUCUACCUCACCAUGGUCCUGACCAGCCUGGGGCUCGCACUCACCUUCCAGCCUGUGCUCAUCAUGCUCAACCACUACUGCAGCAAGCGCUGGCCUGGGAAUGGGCUGGCAGCGGCAGGUAGCCCCGUGUUCCUGUGCGCCCAGUCCCUACUGGGCCAGUUGCUGCAAGGCCGGUCCUGCUGGCGCGGGGUCUUUCUGGUCCUGGGUGGCUUCCUACUUGACUGCUGCAUGUGUGCCACAUUCACGUGGUCCCUGGACGCCACCACCCGGGGCUCCAGGCCAGGCCCGUGCAAAUGGCUGCUAGACCCAAGCAUCUUCAGGGAUCGUGGCUUCAUGGUCUACACUGUGGCCGUCUGUCACGAUGUUCAGCUCUUUGUGCCGCCUGUGGUCACGGUGAAGUAUGCUAAGGACAUGGCGCCCAACACCCAGAUCGCUUUCCUGCUCACCAUGCUUGGCUGCACUGACGUCUUGGCACAGCCAUUGGCUGGCCUGGUGGCGGUGCAGCCCUGGCUUCGGCCCUUUGUCAUCUACCUCUUGAGCUUUGACAUGUUCUUCAACAGCUUCGUCAACCUCCCCGGCUCCACAGCCCGUGACUAUGCCAACCCGGUGGUCUUCAGCAUCCUAGGCAUGGUGGGGGUCCUGCAAUUUGAGAUGCUCAAGGCAGUAAUGGACACACCCACAAGUUCCAGUGCCCUUGGGCUGGUGCUGCUGGUCGAGGCCGUGGCUUUGCUCAUCGGGCCCCAUCAGGAGGUGAGUUCAGGCAACGGCGGUACCUCCCCAUCUCUGCAGCCAGCCCAGCUGGCCAGGGGCGGCAAUGUGGGACACACUUGCUCUGCGGCCUGCAUGCUGCUGGAUGCCACUGGCAUGUACUAGAAUGUGUUCCUGCUGGUGGGAGCUGCAGCGGGAGCUGAAGUGACGGCCUCGUCCCCAGUACUGAUGCUGGGCAGCUACUUCUAUGUGCGGAAGCCAGAGCCCCAGGAGGAUGCAAGGGUGGACGAAUGGGAGGUGCAGCGCUUUCUGAAGGCUGAGCCCAGGGCAAAAGGGGAGGUGGCCUCAGCCCUGCAAGACAAAUCCGGCGCCCCACUAGGCUGGUUCAAGGAUCUAGGCCACGCUUGGAGACAACACGGCUUUAAUCAGAGGUGGAGCCCAGCCUACACCUGCAUCCUAGGAUACCUGCCUAGGUACUUGUCUACGCCUGGAGAACCCCCGGUACCCGAGCUGGCCUGA